AGUAGAGUCGGGGUUUCGCCAUGUUGGUCAGGCUGGUCACGAACUCCUGACCUCAAGUGAUCCGUCCGCCUCGGCCUCCCCAAGUUCGGGGGUUACAGGCGUGCGCCCCCGCGCCUGGCCCUGGACGCCUUGGAGGUCACUCCUCAGCCCGGAAGAGCAAGCGACAGGCCCCGCCCACGCCAACCGCCUCGGCCUCCGUCGCCCGUUUCCAUGGUGACGGGCGCCAGGCUGGGGCUGCCCGGCCACGGAGCCGGGGUGCAGCCGCGCGGGAAGGUUCCUGGCGAUGGCGAGAUGAGCGUCGCGGGGGUGGUGGCUGGGACACGCCCCCCUAGCUCGCCGACCCCGGGCUCCCGGCGCCGGCGCCGGCGCCAGCGCCCCUCCGUGGGCGUCCAGUCCCUGAGGCCGCAGAGCCCGCAGCUCAGGCCGAGCGACCCGCAGAAACGGAACCUGGACCUGGAGAAGAGCCUGCAGUUCCUGCAGCAGCAGCACUCGGAGAUGCUGGCCAAGCUCCACGAGGAGAUCGAGCACCUGAAGCGGGAGAACAAGGAUCUCCAUUACAAGCUCAUAAUGAAUCAGACAUCACAGAAGAAAGGCCAGGAGGCAAGCAUGGGCGUCUUGCAGGCGGCAGCACCGACACUGCGCUUUCCUGCAGACAGCCUCUCCACGUCAAGCUUCCAGUCUGUCAAGUCCAUCUCUAACUCAGGCAAGGCCAGGCCCCAGCCCGGCUCCUUCAACAAGCAAGAUUCGAAAACUGACGCCCCCCAGAAGGCAGACCUGGAAGAGGAGCCCCUACUUCACAACAGCAAGCUAGACAAGGUUCCUGGGGUGCAAGGGCAGGCCAGAAAGGAGAAAGCAAAGGCCUCUAACGCAGGAGCGGCCUGCAUGGGGAGCAGCCAGCACCAGGACAGGCAGAUGAUGGGGGCAGGGGCACACCCCCCAAUGACCCUGCCCCUUCACCUGCGAAAACCCACCACACUGAAGCAGUGCGAAGUGCUCAUCCGCGAGCUGUGGAACACCAACCUCCUGCAGACCCAGGAGCUGCAGCACCUCAGGUCCCUCUUGGAAGGGAGCCAGAGGCCCCAGGCAGCCCCAGAGGAGGCUGGGUCUAGCUUUCCCAGGGACCAGGGAGUCAUGCAUUUUCCUAAGGUCUCCACGAAGGGCCUCUCGAAGAAAUGCCUGCUUCUGAGCCCACCUGUGGCGCAGCGUGCCAUCCUGCCUGCCCUGAAGCAGACCCCAAAGAACAACUUUGCCGAGAGGCAGAAGAGGCUGCAAGCAAUGCAGAAACGGCGCCUGCACCGCUCAGUGCUUUGAGGCACCCAUAUCUGGUCAGUGCCAGGCCCACCAACCUGCCGCUGGAAACUGGUUCUCUAUAGCAUUUCCCGAUACUUCCACUACUUUUAGGCCUGGCUAAAUUCCAAGAUAGAGGACACUUAAAAUAGAUAAAAUACUUGAUCUCUAAACUAACAAACCAUUUAUUUUCUGUUAUUUUGGUAUUUAGCAUUUACAUAAAAAGCACAUGAUGAAGUAGGUAUCGCCUCACCUGUAGAAACUGAAAAUAAAGCUUGUUUAUUUCCAA